GCGCCGCCGCCGCCGCGCGUCCGUCCGAGCGUGUGUCCAUCCGUCCGUCCGUCCCUGCUCCGUCCCUGCUCCGUCCGUCCGUCCGUCCCGCCGAGCCAUGAGGAGACUCCUGCUGCUGCUGUGCAGCGCCGUGUCCUGGUGCCUGGCGGCGCGGGGCGCGGGGGCGGCGCUGCCCGCCGCGGGAGAUGGCAGCGCGGAGCGGGUGCCGGCACAGAAGGCGCGGGUGAAGUUCGGUCUCCGCUCCUCGCCGGACGCCGGUGAGGAUGGGUGCGCGCUCGCCAUCGGCCAGCAGCAGUGCCUGGAGGACUGCAAGUUCAACGUGACAGCGAAGACCUUCUUCAUCAUUCACGGCUGGACGAUGAGUGGCAUGUUCGAAACGUGGCUUGACAGCUUGGUGUCCGCUCUGCAGGAGAGGGAGAAGGACGCCAACGUGGUCGUGGUGGACUGGCUCUCCCUUGCCCACCAGCUCUACACCGAUGCCGUGAACAACACGCAGAUUGUCGGAAAGACCAUAGCGAGGUUGCUUGACUGGUUACAGGAAAACCCCCUCUUCAAGCUUGAGAAUGUCCACCUGAUUGGGUACAGCCUGGGUGCCCAUGUGGCUGGCUUUGCUGGUAACCACGUCCAUGGCACCAUAAGCAGAAUUACAGGCUUGGAUCCUGCUGGCCCCAUGUUCGAAGGAGUGGACCCCAGCAGGCGCCUCUCCCCCGAUGAUGCCAACUUUGUGGAUGUCCUGCACACCUACACCAGGGAAACUCUGGGUGUCAGCAUCGGGAUCCAGAUGCCUGUGGGCCACAUCGACAUCUACCCCAACGGGGGAGACUUCCAGCCUGGCUGUGGCCUAAGUGAUGUCUUGGGAGCCAUUGCCUAUGGGACCAUCGGUGAAGUUGUGAAAUGUGAGCACGAGCGGUCUGUGCACCUCUUCGUGGACUCCCUGGUGAACCAGGACAAGCAGAGCUUCGCCUUCCAGUGCACCGACUCCAGCCGCUUCAAGAAGGGCAUCUGCCUGAGCUGCCGCAAGAACCGCUGCAACGGCAUCGGCUACAACGCGCGCCGCAUCCGGCACAAGAGGAACAGCAAGAUGUACCUGAAAACCAGGGCUGACAUGCCCUUCAAAGUGUACCACUACCAGAUGAAAAUGCACGUCUUCAGCUAUAAAGGCUUGGGAGAGGCUGAUCCCACCUUCUCCGUCACCCUCCACGGCACCAAUGGAGACUCUGAGCCCCUCUCUUUAGAAAUGCUUGAUCUCAUUGGCCUGAACGCUACCAACACCUUCCUGGUCUACACUGAGGAGGACAUGGGUGAACUUCUGAAGAUAAAGCUCACCUGGGAAGGGACGUCUCAGUCGUGGUAUGAUCUGUGGAAAGAGCUGAGGAGCUACUGGUACAGGCCCGUGAAUUCCUCCCAGGAGCUGCACAUCAGGCGAAUACGUGUGAAAUCUGGGGAAACACAGCAGAGGUUUGCUUUCUGUGUGGAGGACUCCCAGCUAACCAGUAUAUCUCCUGGCAAAGAGCUCUGGUUUGUGAAGUGCACAGAGGAAUGGCAGAAAAGAUCUGUCUCAAAUCUGCUCUGAAGGCUUCUCUAAAGACUCACAACCAAGCAACCUAGGUGCAUUAAAUCCAUGCGAGUGGCAAGGUGCUCUGGGAGAAACCUGGCUUGGUAGCACUUAAAGAAACUGGCUCUUCAGGACAAAACAUCUUGGACUGGAUGCAAGAAACUGAGGAACCGUGGUCCUAGACCUAGAAUAACUAAAACUCCAUUUUCCUUUUCCCAAGGAGCCUGGUUUGUGCAUUUAACCUUACCUUGACCUGUUACACGCUGCGUUUUCCCUUCCCUGCUCCCAUUAACCAGGACUGUGGAUGAGAUCUUCACAGACUGAGACCUCAGCAAUGAUCUUCUGGUCUGCCUUGCCAGUGGAGUUGAGAAGACAAAUAACCACGUUAUUGACUGCCAGUCACACUGUGGGUGACAAGAGCUGCCAAGAACAAAUUGGCACCCGGGGCAGGAGUUACCCUGGCCCUGUAGCACUGUGGGCUGUGGGAAGGUGAGGCCAGCACAGGUCAGGAGUGUGAGGUUGGCCAGGGAAGGGCUGGGGAUAAGCACAAUGCCACUUAACUUCAAGUUGUCCUUUGCUUGCCUUAAAAAUAAUCCGUUCUGAUGCUGAGAUGUCUGCUUGCCUGACAUAUGCCUGACACAAAGCCUUCUGCUGAGGAGGCAGAGCUCUGUCCUGCCUGUGCCUGGGGCAGGACAUGGUGCAGGAGGUGGUGGCAGCUGCCCCUCGCUGCCUGGUCAGUGUCUGCACGUGCAAACACCUUCUGAAGGGGCAGAGGGCAGCUGCCCUUGCACUGACCACAGGGAUGGAGGAAGGCUGUGCUGCCUCAGGAGAGCUUUGCAGCACUCCCUUGGACUGCUGAGAACGUGCUCCCCUCUGCUCAGAAGCUGUUGCAGUGCCAACGCAUAAUUAAAACCUUAUUUUUGAGUGAAGUGCCAAACAUCCUGCCCUCAAUUGUCACAACCCCCCCGCUGGAUUCCCUGGUCCCAGGUGACCUUGGCUUUGCUUUGAGUUGGACAGACUCUACAGCUGUCCCGUCUGCUACAGCAGAGUGGGCCUUGUCAGUUGGUGAAAUAGGUUUUGUUUUGGUUGCUUGCUUUUUUCUUUUUUUUUUUUCCCCUUUUUUUUCCUUUCUGGAAGGAGAAUUGAUAUAACAACCCUUGAGCUUUUGGCAUGCAGAAAGGCAAUCUCAAAAAUGGUGUUGCCAGGUGGUGCACUGAGUCCUGAAAUCUUAGCAAGUCCUUAUGAGGCCUGCAAAUCUCUUCAGUUUUUGUAGAGCUUCACUCCAACCAAAGCAAGCACAUUUGGGGAUAUUUUUUUCAAGGUUUUAUGAAAAGACUUUGAUAACUGAAGCCUUUGGUAAGUAUCUGUGACUUGCUGCCAUGCCAUACUUAGAGAACUUUCAAAGCCCUAUUUGUAUAUUGUGGUUUUUGUAUGACUUAAAACAUAAUUUAUUUCUCGUACUGUAUAUAUGUAAAGUUUUAAACAUGUUGGGUUCGAGUAACAGUUUUUAUAAGCCUUGAGAUCAAAAAUAAAGGGCUUUGUAAAAAUCAGUGAGGCCUUGUUAUUGAUCACAGAAUCAUUCAGGUUGGAAAGAUCCUCCGAGAACACUGAGUCCAACCAUUCCUCAGCAGUGCCAAGGCCACCACAGACCCGUGUCCCCAGGUGCCACAUGCACACACCUCCCUGGGGACUCCACCACCACCCAG